AUGAAACAAGAUAAUAAUUAUGGAAGAGUCAGUAUUCCUGAAAGCAUUUCCAAAACCACAAAGAUAACAACUCCAGUAUAUGAUUAUAAUUCAAAUAAAUACAGGAAAACAGAAACCAUUACUGAAGAAAGUAGUAAAGAAGCGAAUUUUUACCCUUUAAAAUCUCAAUUAAAAUCAAAAGAAUUUGGUAAUCUUAAUAAGAUAGAUAAUAUUUAUAAGGAAAAGAAACAAAAGAGUAUUUAUAAAGUUCCACUUUCUGUUGAAGUUUGCAUUAGAUCAAAUAUUAAUUUGACUCAAGAUGAAGCUAAUUCGAAUGAAUCACAGCUAAGCAGGAAAUAUUUAACUCAAAGAAUAAAAAAGUAUUUUUCAUUGCAAGCAAAUGUUGGAUUAGGAAAAGUCGAUAUUGAUCAAAUUGGAGAUUCAAUGUUAAGAAAAGUUUGUACUGACAUUAAUCUAUCAUUAAACUAUCCUAUUCACUCAAUUGAGGAAAAGCACAAUGAUAGUAAUAAUAAUAAUAACUGUAAAUCCAAUUCUAUAAAUCAAAGAGAAGAUCACGAAAAUAUCCCAAUUUAUCAAGCUGAGUUUAAUAUAUAUAUUUACCAGCUUAAUGAUAUGUCUGAGGAAGAAUAUUAUAUGGAAAGUAAUACAUCUGGAGAAAAAAGUACAGAUCCACCAAUUUGGAGAUAUUGGUCUCUUCCAAAUAUAGAAUUCCAUGGUUUAUGGGAUGUACUGCAUUAUGAAAAUAAUUUAAAACAACAACUAUUGGAUUACACAUCAACCAGUCUCAUUUUAAGUGAUUGUCAAAUUGAUUUUAAUGUAAUUAAUUGGAAUCAUUUGAUUCUACUUUAUGGAUCUCCAGGAACUGGUAAAACUUCAAUUUCUAGAGCCAUUUCACAAAAAAUUGGAAUGAGAUAUUGUAAUAGAUACAAAAAUAUAUAUUUAAUAGAAAUCAGUGCACAUUCGCUUUUUUCAAAAUGGUUUUCAGAAAGUGGAAAAACUGUUGUAAAACUAUUCUCCAAAAUCAAAAGCUUACUAGAAGAACCUGACUCUUUUGUGAAUAUUGUAAUUGACGAAAUUGAAAGUAUUUCAACAGCCAGAAAACAAAGCUUAGGAAGAAAUGAACCAUCCGAUAGCAUUCGUGUUGUAAAUGCUUUGCUAACUCAAAUAGAUGCUCUAAAAAAAUAUUCUAAUACAUUAAUUAUGACAACUACCAAUAUUCCAGAUUCUAUUGAUGAAGCAUUUUUGGAUAGAGCUGAUUUAAAAUUGCAUAUACCUCUUCCUUCACUUUAUACUAGGUAUACCAUAUUACUUGAGUGUAUUGAAGAACUUAUUUUUAAGCAAGUCAUUUAUUCCAGGCAUGAUGAUUAUAUUAAAAUUUUAACCUUUAAAGAAAUAAUAAAACAUUCAAACGUUAAUAUUAACAAAAAUGAUCAUGUAAAUUACACAGAAAUCACUCAAAAUAAGAACCAAAAUAAUUAUGAUCAUUUCCAAUUAAAUAUAUCCAAAGACUUACUCUACAUAUCUAAAGUUACUGAUGGCUUUUCUGGUAGAAAUUUAAGGAAGCUACCAUUUGUUUCCUUACUUUCUUCAUAUCAUCAUGGUAUUCCUCUAGAAAUUGAGAUUUUUCUUGAAAAAAUGAAGUACAUUGUUAAUGAAAAACCCGAAAUGGUAAAAAGCUGA